AUGCCCGAUCCAGCCAAGGCCACGCCCAAGAAGGGAUCUAAGAAAGCUGUGACCAAGACAGCCGGCAAAGGAGGCAAGAAGCACAGAAAGUCCAGGAAGGAGAGCUACGCCAUCUACGUGUACAAGGUCCUGAAGCAGCGCUCCACCGUCACCUUCAGGGAGAUCCAGACCACCAUACACCUGUUGCUUCCUGGCGAGCUGUCCAAGCACACUGCAUCCGAGGGCACAAAGGCCGUCACCAAGUACACCAGCUCCAAGUAA